AGUUUCCGGGUUCCCCCUGAGGGCGGACACGUUGCUGAGAGCUGCUGAACCGGGUUUCUACCUGCUGCUCUGUUCUACCUGCUGGUCUACCUGCUGCUCUCAGGUGUUUCUACCAGCUGAUCUACCUGCUGGUCUACCUGCUGCUCUCAGGUGUUUCUACCAGCUGAUCUCAGGUGUUUCUACCAGCUGAUCUCAGGUGUUUCUACCAGCUGAUCUCAGGUGUUUCUACCAGCUGCUCUCAGGUGUUUCUACCAGCUGAUCUACCUGCUGGUCUACCUGCUGCUCUGAGGUGUUUCUACCUGCUGCUCUGAGGUGUUUCUACCUGCUGCUCUGAGGUGUUUCUACCUGCUGCUCUGAGGUGUUUCUACCUGCUGCUCUGAGGUGUUUCUACCUGCUGCUCUGAGGUGUUUCUACCUGCUGCUCUGAGGUGUUUCUACCUGCUGCUCUCAGGUGUUUCUACCUGCUGCUCUGAGGUGAUGGACCUGUCUGAAGCUCAGAGUGAGGUGAAACAGCUGCUGAGCAGAGUGAAGCCCGCAGAGCUGCGCACACUGAUGAAGUGGAUCAGAGACUCAGACGAGCUGGACGAGUUUCUGUCCAACAACAAGCAGAAGAAGAUUCUAGAGAAGAUCUCUGAGGAGCUGAGAGACGCUCUGCCUCCAGACGCCAUGUUCUCCUCUGAGAGUUCUGCAUACACCAAGAUCCAGCAGUGUUCCCGGCCGACGGCCCACGUGGACAGCUUCCUGUAUGAUGAAGAUCAGGUGGACUCUCUGUGUGAGGAGGGAACCAUGAGUCGGUCCUACUGUCUCAGCUGUGGAUCCUACAGAACCGCACCUCUAGACUUCAUCUCUCACUCGUUCUCCAUCUCAGAACUUCAGUUUCUGUUUGAGAACGUUCUUCCAGACCUGACGGGUCGGACGCUGGUGGACGUGGGCUCCAGACUGGGAGCCGUGCUCUACGGGGGUUACGUGUUCAGCUCGUCCUCUCAGAUCGUCGGUCUGGAGAUCACUGACGAGUUUGUUGAACUGCAGAAUAAAAUCCUGCAGAAAUACAAGAUGGCCGACAGGAUUCAGGUUCUCCACACUGACGUCCGCCUGCAGAACGUUCUGCUGCAGAACACAGAUGUUCUCAUCAUGAACAACGUCUUUGAGUUCUUCAUGGAACCCAGUGAACAAGUCAGAGCGUGGAGGUUCAUCAUGGAGAACUUGAGGAAGAAAGGAUCUCUGCUGGUCACCGUCCCCAGUCUGCAGGAGAGUCUGAACCGUCUGCAGGAGGCGCUGCCGCCCGGCUGGGUGGAGGAACUUCCUGUGGACUACGAUGUUUACCUGGGCAGAGACAGCGACCCCGACGCUCUCAAAGAGAUCCACCUGUACAGGGUCCUCUGAUCUGGACUGGUCUAAUCUGGACUGGUCUGGUCUGGUCUGGACCGGUCUGAUCUGGACUGAUCUGAUCUGGACCGGUUUGGACUGGACCUCUGGGGGUCUGGGGGUCUGAGGGUCGUGGUUUCCUGCAUUCCGACUUUUAAAUAAUAAAAAUAACAAAAUAUGAA